AAAAUAAUAAUAACUAUUUUUAGCCCUGAACGAAGCAUAUGGUCAAGCCAUAAUGUUUUUCGCAGCAGGAUUUGAAACCACAAGUGCCGCUAUAUCUUUCACUCUUUAUGAGUUAUGUCUCAAUAAAGAUAUACAAGAUGAGCUCAGAAAGGAGAUAUCUGAAACUAUUGGAGAAUACGGCGAAGUUACGUAUGAAGCAAUCCAAAAAAUGAAGUAUUUGAGGAUGUGUAUUGACGAAACCCUGAGAAAAUAUCCAAUAAUAGCUUUUUUGGAUCGUAUUUGCAAAGAAGAUUAUGAAGUACCAAAUACAAAUUUAGUAAUUGAGAAAGGAACACCAAUAUACAUUCCAAUUUAUGGAUUGCAUAUGGAUGAAACCUACUUCACAAAUCCUGAAAAAUAUGAUCCAGAUAGAUUUCUGAAGAAAAAUAUCAACGAAGCUGGAUUUGUUUAUAUGCCAUUCGGAGAAGGACCCAGAAAAUGCUUGGGUGAAAGAUUUGGACUGUUGAGUACGCAAGUGGCUUUAGUUCAUAUCAUUUCACGGUUUGAGGUUGAAAAAUGUGACAAGACACCUGACCCUGUGGAAUUUGAACCAAAAUGUAUAGCUGUUUUGUCUAAAGUUGGUCUUCCAAUGAUACUGAGAAACUACGAAACAGAAAUUAACUAAACACUGAAUGCUGCUUUUGGAGUCGUAUUUAUUAAUAACCUUUCGUGGUAUUUAACCCACCAAUUAUCUGAAUAUUCAGUAAUUUUCCAAAAAAUAACAGGAACAUAAUGAAAAUUAAAUCAGUUUGAUGAUA